AUGGAUAGAAACACAUUUGGGCGUCUAUGUCGUAUUCUCUGUGAUCGGGUAGGAUUAAUUGAUCAUAAAUUCGUGACUGUUGAAGAACAGGUUGCGAUGUUCUUAUGUGUGCUAUCACACCACAAGAAAUCUCGGAUUGUUGGUUACAAUUUUAUGCGGUCCUCUCAGACCGUUUCGAAGUACAUCCAUACUGUGCUUCGUGGUAUUCUCAAGCUUCACAGUCUAUUUUUGGUAAAGCCCCACCCGAUAGAAGACGGUUGCACUGACCGGCGCUGGAAGUGGUUUAAGGGGUGUAUUGGAGCCUUAGAUGAAACAUAUAUCAACGUAAGAGUACCUGUUGCUGAUGCCCCUCGAUGUAGGAACAGGAAAGGACACAUCACAACCAACACCCUUGCCGCAUGUGAUCCACAACUUCGAUUCAUUUACUUACUCCCCGGAUGGGAAGGAUCGGCAGGCGAUUCACGUAUCUUGAGAGAUGCAGUUAGUAGACCGUUAGGGCUCAAAGUACCAAAAGGUUGCUACUAUCUCUGCGACAAUGCCUACGCAAAUGCAGAAGGUUUUGUCACGCCAUAUAAAGGGGUCGGAUAUCAUUUGAAAGAAUGGGGACCCGGAAGGCAGGCACCUCAAACCCCGGAAGAAUUAUUCAAUUUGAGGCACAGUAAGGCAAGGAAUUUCAUCGAACGCUCUUUUGCCGUGUUGAAGAUGCGCUGGGGUAUCCUCCGAUCUGCCAGCUUCUAUCCGAUAGAUAUACAAACCAGGCUGAUUAUCGCAUGUUUCCUUCUACAUAAUUUCAUCCGAGCUCAAAUGGCGGUAGAUCCGGUUGAGGCAGAAUUGGCAUAUGAGGCAAAGAAUGAGGAUGAAAGUGCCGCCGAACAUGACGGAGCUGAUCACAUCAGCUCCGUCGAACCAUCCGCCUCUUGGAACAAGAAACGAGAUGAUCUUCCUAGAGAUAUGUGGGCAGAGAGACAAAAUGUUUAG